UUCACAGACUGCAGGAGAAGUGCACGCUGAAAGAACGACGCACCAUGGCGGGUAAAGGGCAGAGCCAGCUCCGGCACCCAUGGGAGUUGGACUUGGAGCCGGAGGGGGCCCCGGCGGCUCAGGCGGCCGAAGCGGGGCCGUCCACCUGCUCCCCCAGCCGCUCCUCCAACCGCGUCCAGGUCAUCCACAGCGGACACUUCAUGGUGUCGUCGCCGCACAGCGACUCCGAGCGGCGCAGGAGGGAAAGCGGGGAGUCGCUGAGGUACGACUUCGACACGGUGAACAGGACGUGGUGUCAGACCUACCGCUACGGGCCCCUGAGCUCCGGCAGCCUGAGCAUCGACCCCACUCUGACCCGCCUGUUUGAGUGCAUGUCCCUGGCCUACAGUGGUAAGAUCGUCUCGCCGAAGUGGAAGUCUUUUAAGGGUCUGCGGCUGCUGUGGAGGGAUAAAAUUCGUAUUAACAAUGCCAUCUGGAGAGGCUGGUACAUUCAGUACGGGGAGAGGAAGAAGAGCUCAGUGUGUGGCUUCGUCACCCCCCUGGAGGGCACUGAGGGCGAUGCCCAUCGAAAGCCUCAAACGAUUGUGUUGGAGGGCAGCUACUGGAAGAGAAGGAUUGAGGUUGUGAUCAGGGAGUAUCAUAAGUGGAGGAUUUACUAUAAGAAGAGGCUUGAGAAAAAGAAGGAUGAUAUUCUGUCAAUGCUGCAAGAGGAUCAGAUGUGCCAGUCCAAGCUGGAGAAAUGGAACAAUCAGAUGCACCAGGAGCCUGAGGCAGCUCCGGUGGAGGCCCACAUGUUUGACCUGGACUGCCUUCUGUCCGACAUCUCCGACACCCUGUUCACCAUGACGCAAAAGCCGGGCUCCUGGGCCAGCGACCAGCACGACAACUACACCAGCAAUGCUGAUAUUAUCCAGCCAGGGCUGAGUCCACUGCAGCCCGACCUGGAUGAAUUCAUGGAUAUACCAGAUAUCUUUAUGAACUGCACGGACCAGCCCAUGGAGCAGACUGGUUUUGCUGACUGCGGUUAUUUCCAGAGCUCAUCCAGCACAGCGUUCGCUCCGGUUCCCUCCCCUGUAGUAACAGCUCCUCAGCUGCUUAUGGACAGCCAGCUCGCCCAGCCCAAUCUGUCUUCUGACAGUUUGCCUCAGCUGUCCUCAUCCAAUACUCAGCCAGAACAGACAAGGCCAGGCCAGGACUGCAGCGAAUACCACACGUCCAGCAUGGGAUCACAAGCCAUGUCAUAUGGACACCAGUUGUACCCCGAUGCACCUGCUACUAUAGCCUUCAACACCAGCAUCCAGCAGCCGGCCACUGCAAGUAUUCCUUUUUUGCACCAACCAUCCCACUACCCGACGACCAGUGUGACCUCCAGUGUCAUCACCCACACCGCCUCUACCAUGGGGGCCCAGGGCUUUGUGCAGCAGGGUCACGGCUUCACAUACGCCCAGACUCCCUGCCACUCUCUCGGUUACCCUGCCAACAUGUCUGACCCGAUCCAGGUGACGCUGCCCUCUGUCGUCCCAGCCCACUGCUUCUCAGUCCCAAAGCAGGUGGCCGUCCCUGGGGUCAGGGGAAAGCACAAGAAAAAGACGGGGGGAGCGAGGACAGAUAGUCCCUCUGUCGCUCCGUCUGGCUCCCAGUUCAUUGCCCCCAAACCCCCUAGCUGCCUGGCUGAACUGCUCUGCGGCACCCAGGAACGGCAACCAUUGCUGGUGACAGCCAAAGGUCAGAGGUCAUCAUCGCCCAGCUCCACGGUGACGCUGCCCUCUGUCGCCCCAGACCACUGCUUCUCGGUCCCAAAGCAGGUGGCCGUCCCUGGGGUCAGGGGAAAGCACAAGAAAAAGACGGGGAGAGCGAGGACAGUUAGUCCCUCUGCUGCUCCGUCUGGCCCCCAGUUCAUUGCCCCCAAACCCCCUAGCUGCCUGGCUGAACUGCUCUGCGGCACCCAGGAACGGCAACCAUUGGUGGUGACAGCCAAAGGUCAGAGGUCAUCAUCGCCCAGCUCCACGCAGUCGAGCAGCAGCGCACAUGUUGGUGGAGCUGCUGCGCAGCUGCCGCAUGGAGCCGGCUGGCCUGCGGGGAUGUACGUGUUGACGCCUAUGCACGGGGAGAGCGCCACCAUGGGUCACAGCAGUCCUCAACCCAGCACCUCCAGGGGCCUGGGGGUGUCUACCCUGCUCGCCCACGGCUCCGCCACCAUGGGUCACAGCAGUCCUCAACCCAGCACCUCCAGGGGCCUGGGGGUGUCUACCCUGCUCACCCACGGCUCUGCACAUACCGGCCCCAACGUCCUCAUUCCCAAGAAUGAGAAACUGUCUCCUGUCCAGCUCUACAGCACAGACAGGAGCAGCCUAUCUGUUAAUUUUUCAGAACAUCCUGGGAGAACAUCAACACCAAACCCUUUAGAGAUAGUCUCCAACCCAGAGUCCCCGCAGUCGGUCCAUGGAAAGAAAGAGUCAAGUAAGCAAACCGAGACCAGGAGGGUAACUCACAUCUCAGCCGAGCAGAAGAGGCGUUUCAACAUCAAAACGGGAUUUGACACUUUACAUAACCUUGUGACAACACUCAGCUCUCAGCCAAGCAUAAAGAUCAGUAAUGCCACCACACUGCAGAAGACGGGCGAGUACAUCACUAAGAUGCAGCAGGAGAGAACUCAGCUGCAGGAGGAGGCUCAGAAACUCCGAGAGGAAGUCCAGCUCCUCAACUCUGCCAUCAAUGCGUGUCAGAUGCAGCUACCGGCCACCGGCGUGCCCAUCACGCGGCAGCGCUUCGACCACAUGAGGCAGAAGUUCAGAGAGUACGUCCGGGUGCAGACUCUGCAAAACUGGAAGUUCUGGAUCUUUGGUUUCAUCAUCGAGCCGCUGUUCGAGUCCUAUAAUUCAAUGGUGUCCACUGCCAGCGUGGAGGACCUCUGUAGAACCACUAUGUCCUGGCUGGACCAGCACUGCUCCCUGCUUGCCCUCAGACCCAUGGUUCUGACUUCACUCCGCCACCUGAGCACCAGCACUGCCAUCCUGACAGACCCCAGGGUCCUCCCAGAGCAGGCCACCCUCGCUGUCACCCAGGGUGACCCCCCUGCCCCCCCGGAUGACUCCUUACAGCCACCCACUUGGGACAAUGUACACCACAUGUGACCCUUAAGAAAACACAGUGCACAGGAGACCGGGAGCCAGAGCAGGGCCUGGAAUGUUCAAAACAAUCGACCCACCUCUUCAGCCCUGAGACUGUUCAUAAUCAUAUUCCAAUAAAACCCACCAGCUGCACAAAGAAUGUAUAUGUGGUAUAGGCUUAAAAACUUGUUAUAUGUUUAAAACUAUUUCUCAAUGCUUCAAUGUAGUUUUCAUUGGCAAAGCAGAAGUUCAUAAGAAGUUCAGAUGUUCAGUGGAAAGAGACGUCAGUUACUGUGACUGUUGAAUGGCUUCAAUUUUUGUUAAAUAAAGUUUGUUUACAUCA